AUGAAUUCCGAAGAAAUUUAUCGUCCAACACCAAAUGACGUAGUAAACGUGUUGCGACUUCUUCAUGAUAAUGGUGUUAGUGUCCAAAAUUCCAAGAAGGCUUAUGCAGAACUGCAGCAAUAUCAGGCAAAUCCGUCGUUCUGCAUUUUGCUUUCCUACGUUUUUGGCGCAGAGGCUUGUCCUAUUCAAGAACUGCAGUUAGGUGGAUCGUGGAUUCAGUACAGAAGACUUGCCGGAAUUACUUUAAAGAACAAUCUUGAGAAAUCCAAGUACUCACUGGGCCUAGUAGCUGUGAAGGAAGCCGCUCGCUGUACUUUAUCCGUGCUGGGUAAUCCAUCGGACGUUCGAAUUGCUCGAGUGGCGGCUCAAAUCAUAGUUAAAAUAACAGCACUUACUUCUUUUGGCUGGUGGCAGGAGUGUGGAAUGGGUAAUCUUUCACAUUUACUUCUCAACGAGUUAUUUGAGGCGGGAGAUUUAAGGACGUUGUCUGCUCUUUAUACUCUACAAUAUCUAAUGGAAGAUCUCCCAAAAGAAGUAGGUGCUGCCAGUAAAGACAUUAUCGAGCGAGUUGUGACGCUUGUAUUGGAUCAAAAUACCAAAACAAAUCUGCAAAAAGCCGCAUUCCGAAUGUGUUUUAAUAUUUAUGAACAAGCAGAACAACUCGAUUGGAAUGUAGAAGGACUUUCCCCAUUACAAACGGGCUUAACGGCUGCAAGUGGUACAUUUGCUGGUGUAUGUACGGCGCUUUUGGAGCAGGGCUGUGGGGGCGAUAUUCCUCUUUUGAUUCAAGUAUUGCGCUCGUGUGCAAUAAUGCUUGAAUAUCUUGAUUAUUUUACGCCGAUGCCCGAUGCGGAAAUGACCAAGUUAAUCGAUUGGUGGAUUCGUCGCACAAUAGAUCUAGUGUCUUCAAGAGUUGAUGUGGGUGAAUAUAAUCUUCAAUUGAAGACUGCUGCUAUGGAUUUGUUAACGGCAGCUUUGAAAUUAUAUGAUCGAAUGGGUGGUAAUGGGCCUAUUUCUUUUCUGAUGGAACCAAUACCCCUGAUGCUACCAGAUCUUGUACAGGCCUUGGUGACUUGUGUUCCAAUGUCUAUCGAAGAGAUGAACGGUAUUUUAGCAAAUGAUGACUAUCGGUUGCGUGAUGCAACUGCGGUUAAUUAUCAUUUAAAUGAGGCAAGCAAAGAUAUAUCUGAAGAUACAUUUAUGGAUGAUGAUUGUGGAGCCGCCACACUGCGCGCAUCAGCACUACGGUGUAUUGACGCUCUUUGUGUUUUUUCAAGUAAGGAGACAUUUCCACAUCUAAUUGAGCAGAUUAAAAUUUUGUGGGGUGCUGAUCGACAACUCAAGGAAGCUUCAAUCGUAUUGUUUGGAACCAUUGCAAAUGGUUGUUAUACUGAAAUUGAGCUUACGGUUCCGGAUAUUAUUCGACAAUUGAUUGAUACCGUCAUGUCAUUGUCAGAAGAUAUCUUUGUGGUUAGUGUUGCUAUCUGGUCAUUAUCACGAAUAUUAGAAUGGGCUUUUAUAUGCGAUGAAAAAAUCCUGUCCGAUAUUGUGGCAGCGUUUGUUUCUAGAAUGCAAAGCACCAGUAAACGUGUUCAACAAGCCGCGGUUUCUGCUUUAAAUACGGCAUUCGUAACGGGACACAACAUGGGUGCAACGGCAAGGCUUGUUGAAACUUUUCCUUAUUUGUCUGAGUCAAUCAUUGCAUGUUUGCCUAUAUAUUGCGAUGGAAAUUUGUCACUUCUUUGCGAUUUGGCUUUGCAUUUGAUUGCUGUUGCAGAAGACUUGAAUAUGACCUCACGAAUUGGAGCCGCAUUUAAAAGUAAUCGAAUAGAGCGCAUCAAAUACUUUGAAACGUCCUACGUGGCUCUUUAUAUCAACGGGGUGCCCAACACGCAUGUCGAUAAGGAUAUCUUUUCCAUUGAUCGUUUUGUCGCCGGUUUUUUGACACGAUUUCCAGAUUCAGAAACUUCCUUGAAGAUUCUCGGGGUAUGGCAUGCGGCGUUAAAGGAUGCAGCCGAACGAGACAUCCGAGAAGAUGAGGAUUUGUUGUGCAAUAUGAUGCUUACUUGCUGCAACUUUUUAGGUGUCACUUCCACUGCCGCACUCACUGAAUGGUCACGUCAAACACAGGGGUCUUUAGCGAGUUUAGGAUUUCAAUUUCUUGUUACUUUACCCAAACAAACGGUGAAAUCAGCAGCUGUCACAUUACUCCAUCGGUUACUUAAGUUUAUUGAGAAAUCCGCCUAUCCGAAUGGCAUAGGCGAGAAGCUGCUUGUUGCGCUGACUUCCUCCAUUCGUGCAAUUGAUGAUUCUUACGAUAAGUUAGACUUGGUGCGUUUGAUCACACUGAUGGUUGAAAUGUAUUUUUCUGAAUUUCCGCAAAUUGCUUCUGUAGCAUUUGCGGCUGCUGUAGAUGCACUUCGGAGCGACGCUUAUAAUGAUUCUCGUUGGCUUUUCUCACAAAUGGCAUACGAUAUAUGUCACACCCUUGAUGCUGUGCCGGGACUUUUGGUUCAAUCACGUCCUGAUGAGAUUUCACGGAUUAUGGCACAGGCAGAAAACACAUGCGAUAAAUCAUCAGCAACAAUAUCUCUAAUGAAUGCUCUGUUGUCAGCGGAGGAUAUUGCCUCCGCCAUAUUUCCAGAUGUUAUGCGGCUUAUUUACAGUUGGCAACAGGCAGCAUGUAACUUUCCUGGUACUCGAGAAAAAAUUAGCUCCAUGCUUCUUUUCUAUAGCAGUAAACACGGUGAGCAGCUGAGAGAACAUCUGAGCGCCUUGCAUCCGAACCUUCGUGAGAUGAUACUGUCAACGUACAGCAUAAGUUAA